ACCCGUUAAAUGAACUUGGAAUAUUUUUGUAUUUGAUUUGACGUAAAGCAUCCGAAAAUGAAUCGCAACUUCGAAAGGCAGAUUGAACACUUCAAAUACAGACUGACAUCCGCACAUAAAUAUCGCCGCCUGGAUAAGCGAAUACACAUCGACAAACGGAGGUUGCUGAUUAUUUCAGGAUGUGCGGCCAUUGUAGUACUGGCCACAGCAUUGGGAUUAUACUUUGGUCUCAAAGACAGAAAGAACGGGGUCAGCGAUGAAGCGCGAAUUCUAACUGGAGCUGCCGUUACUUCGAACGGAGUAGAAUGCGCUGAAAUCGGUACCCAGAUCCUGAUGCUCAAUGGGUCCGCCGUUGAUGCAGCCAUUGCAGUAUUGUUCUGCGAGGGGGUAACAUGUCCACAAAGCGCCGGCAUCGGUGGAGGUUUCUUCGCUACGAUCUAUGAUCGAAGCACGGGAACAGUCCAAACGCUAGAUGCACGAGAAACGGCACCGGCAGCCGCUACACAGAAUAUGUACGUUAACAACGGUAACGCUGCCGUCGAGGGAGGCCUCUCUGUGGCAGUCCCUGGCGAAAUUAAAGGUUACUGGACCAUGCACCAGAGGUAUGGCAAGCUGGACUGGAAAACGUUGAUUCAACCAACGAUCGACCUCUGCAGAGAGGGACAUUUAGUGUCCGGGUAUCUGGAUCGCAUUAUUAAACCACGCCAAGCAAAAAUCUACAGCAUUCCAUCGCUACGCGAAAUAUUGAUCGACCCGGAGACCAAUCAAACCUGGCGUGAGGGCGACCGAAUCAAAAGACUUGCUCUAGCUGAUAGUUUAGAAAUAAUUGCAAACGAAGGAGCGGACGCUCUGUAUAGUCGUAAUGGUACACUGCUACCAAAACUGAUGCGCGAUCUCAAACUAUUUGGCAGUAUUCUGACGGAAGAAGACUUUUACAAUUAUGAACCGCGAUGGCUACCGCCAGCCACAACCAAACUUAAAAACGGCAACCAGAUCUACUCCAUGCCACUACCGGGUAGUGGACACGUGUUGAACUACAUGCUCAACAUAAUCGACGGUUACGAUCAGCUGGACAGGGACGACCCCCUCACGUGGCACCGAAUUGUGGAAGCGUUCAAGCAUGGAUACGGUCUGCGUACCAAGCUGGGCGAUCCACCGUUUGUGCCGGGUGUGGAGGAGUUGCUGCGAAAACUGACGAACGAAAACUACGCUGCAUUCGUGCGCGAUGGUAUCCUGGACAAUAUGACCUUCUCGAACUAUGACCAUUACGGGGCUGAGUUUGCCAACGAGGUGGACCACGGAACAGCGCACAUUUCCGUGCUGGCACCCAAUGGGGACGCCGUCGCUGCGACCAGUACGAUCAACUAUGUAAAUCCAUAUCGACGGAAGAUCACACUCAUCGCAUUCAUCCUAACUAUAAUCAUAAUCUCACUGGCUGCGGGCCUAUACUAUGGACUGGAGAAACGUGACUCACAGCAAAUUUCCUCUGACCAGCAUGGGGGAGCAGUGGUCGCCAAUGGGCACGAAUGUGCAGCAAUUGGAGCGCAAAUUCUUCGGAUGAACGGAACGGCAGCCGACGCCGCCAUAGCAACUCUCUUCUGCGAGGGGGUGACGUGUCCUCAGAGCAUGGGCAUCGGAGGAGGUUUCCUACUGACGAUCUACGACAGAGCCAAUGACCGCGUAGAGACACUGAAUGCCAGAGAAACCGCACCGGCUGCGGCCACUGAGGACAUGAUGGUCAAACCGGGCAAUUCUACCAAAGAUGAACGGGGACUUUUGAUAGCCGUACCCGGCGAAUUGAAAGGGUACUGGGUUCUACACCAAAAGUAUGGCAAACUAGAAUGGGGCACAUUGGUUCAACCUACCAUCGAUUUGUGUAGGAAGGGCCACAUGGUUACCGGAUAUUUAGAACGAAUCUUGGCCAGAACAAGAGUUAAAAUUCAUGCGGAGCCAUCGCUACGCGAGAUAUUUAUCAAUCCGAGCACGAAUGACACGUGGAAGGAAGGAGACUACAUCAAACGAUUGGCGCUGGCCGAUAGUUUGGAGAUCAUUGCCAACGAAGGGGUGCACGCUUUGUACAGCAAGAAUGGAACUCUGUUGCCGAAACUGAUGCAAGAUUUGAAAGGGUUCGACAGCAUUCUCACAGAGGACGAUUUUUAUAACUAUGAACCCAAGUGGGAAGCUCCUUCAACGGUAACGGUUCGUGAUAAAAGUGAAGUGCAUUCAUUCCCACUACCUGGAAGUGGAACGCUACAGAAUUUCAUGCUGAAAGUCCUAGAUGGAUACAACGAUCUGAACGUAACGGACCCCUUGACCUGGCACAGAGUCGUAGAAAGUUUCAAAUUCGGGUACGGACUUCGAACGAAGGUAGGGGAUCCGACGUUCCUCCUCACAUCAUCACACGGUUUGUUGGCAAAUCUAUCCAGUUCAAGUUACGCGGAGUACAUUCGCAGCCAAAUCCACGACAAUGAAACCUUUGGCAAGUAUAGUCACUACGGAGCCGAGUUUGCCAAUCCAGAGGACCACGGCACAGCGCACGUUUGCGUAUUGGCAGCUAAUGGAGAUGCGGUGUCCGCCACCAGCACUAUUAACUAUUUACUAGGAGCCAAGAUUCGUUCCCGAUCCACCGGAAUCAUCCUGAACGAUGAAAUGGACGAUUUCUCGUCACCAGGGACGAUCAACACCUAUGGUUUGCCUCCAUCGCCGGCAAAUUUCAUCACUCCUGGAAAACGUCCGCUCUCCUCGAUGACACCCACGAUAGUAACGAACAAAGCCGAAGGUGUUCAAAUGGUGGUUGGCGGAGCUGGUGGGUCACGGAUCACCACCGCCACCGUUACCCUGCUGCUGCGGUAUCUAUUCUUUGGAGAGGAUCUUGAUACGGUGAUGAACGCCAGGCGUCUCCACCACCAGUUGGCUCCCAUGUGGGUGGACUAUGAGGCGGGCUUUGACGAAACCAUUCUGGAAGGAUUGCGAAGACGAGGGCACGAUGUGCGAGAGAAGACGCCGGAUGCAGGCUUUGCUGCGGCGACAGCAAUCACCAAAAAUUCAAACAAUGUGGUAUCUGCAGCUUUCGAUUCGAGGCGAGGUGGCAGUGUAGAACUAGUGGCAUAGUUUUACGCAUAGACUGGUUAGAGCUGUAUCAAAUACAGAUUAAAACGUA